UUUAAAAACAUUAUAAAAACAUUUGACUUAAAGUCAAAGGAUUUAUAUUUAAGUAGGCCUGGAAUGAUACUUUAAAACACUUUCUAUCGAGUAGGUUCCAUCAUACGCACAAAUAUACAGCUUUCUGUCUAGUACAAGUAUUACAAAAGCAGGCAAUUAUCACAUAAAAGAGAGAAACCUUUAAAGAACAGAAUAAUAUAGCGGAAAAGAGAAAGGACCAUGCACAAAUUGAGUCAGGGUCCUAAUUUAGAGAAAAACCAGGAGGAAAAUGGAGAUUUUAGUGGCAAGUUGGCGGCUGCAAGUACAGUGAAGCUAAAUGUCAAUGCUCAAGAAUUUGUGCCGCGUUUCAAGAGGGUAGAGUCGACUGAGGACGAAGCCGUAGUUGACUUAAACGAGAAUGAGGAGAUCAGAACUAACCUCUCGUUGCCAUGGAAAGGAUUUCCCAAGAAAUAUGAAAGAUCUUCCCGCAGUGCUCAGGUAGUUUUAUUAAGUGAUGUGGACUACAUGAUUCUACCUUGCGUCAAAAGAACGAAAAAGCCCAGGGAACAAAAAUUAAUUGGAGACGUGGCUAAGAACAAUGCACCCAAUGGAAAUGUUUCGACUACUUCCAAUGUCAUUUCAAAUACUGAUGAGGAAAAACGACGUGAAGUAGCUUUGGAGGCCCUAAAAUUGUCGGAACAACGACGCCUGCGGGGUUCUUUAAUCGCACCGAUCGAGGAAAAUGAAAAUUCCCAUAAAGCUCAGCCAGUAGUCCAUCUUUCACGAUCUCCCAUAAGAUUUACGCCUGAAGAAAGAAACAAAGUGGAUCGUUUGAGGGUUGCAAAGAGAGAGCGUAUCGAGCGGAUUCUUCGUGAAAUGACAAAUGAAAAGCAGGAGCAGCUGAAAAAACAGAAAUUGCAGCAGCAGAAAAAGAUUCGAUAUGAUGACAAUGUACAGAAAACACCUAGCACCAAAGACCAGGAAUCAGAAAAGAAAUUCGAGGUGGCUACGGUCACCAAAAAAAGAUAUAUACCCACCACCAAGGAAUGGGAUGAACAAUGUCGAGCCAAAUAUAUGGCCAAGAAGGUUGCGGAAAAGCAAGUUCAAGACGGCUCUUCCAAGGAUGGACCAGCAAAGCCGCCUUUGGUCAACCCGAAUCUGGUCAACAUUACGCCAUCGGGAGUCAUCAGACUGGGCGAUCUCAGGGCUACGUCCUCGCCUCGAUAUUGUCCACCUUCUGAGCUUCUGGAAGCGGAGAAACGCAGGGGUAAUCUUACUCAUUUCCGACCUCUUGCCAACUGGACAACUCGUCGAAGUCCCCUAAUUCCGUUGAAGAUUUUAGUCAACCAGAAGGGAAAAGUCGUUGAGCGCUAUAGUAUCGAGCAACUUCUGGAUCUUGAACCACAACCCGGCGAUCUUGAAAAACCCUCCUUAGAUGAAAACGUGUAUAAUUUGGGACUUCUAUGCGAGUAAUACGAAUGCCGGUCAUAAGUGUCUUCAAAUAACUCUUUGUCUUGUUUCCAAUUUAUUCUGAACAUUCCAAUUCUCAAAAAUGUAUUGCCACUGAUAAGCUUCCUUUCCGAUUCGA